AUGGCUGAGUCAGUAAGUGAAGUUCCUGGCAAUCUGGAAAUGCUGGAUCCCAGUGAUGAGGGGAAGAAGAAAUCCAAAUUUAAAGUCUUGAAAAAUUUAUUUGGCAAAAAGAAGAAAAAAGAUUCCGAAGAUGGCCAGGGAGCAAAGAUGCUGAAAACAAGCUCAUCCAAUAAUACGAGCACCUCUUCUCUGGAACAGAUCCAGGAAGGUGAACAAAUUCAUCCCAGGGCCAAGAGCAGCAUGGGCAACAAAGCCAUAUCUCAUGACAGCAUCUUCUUAUUGGAUCCAGACUCUGAGAGGGCAGCAAGUAAGAUGCUCUCACACCUGGAGCCUCAGAGAGAGACACUUCUCCAGAGAUCUCAUGUUUACAGAACUCUCCCUAGAACUGGCACUAGCGUAUGGGGAGCUAUGUCUGGAUCUGACCUUGGACCUGUUUCUCGACCUGGAAUCUGGGUGAAAAGCUCCAGGGCUGCUGAGCCUCCACCAGUGCCCCCACGGAAAGCAGGCAUCAGCCCACCGCUUUUCCAACCUGACAUAUUUUCUGAGGACUUUAAAGAACUCCCUAUUGCCAGUGAUCCAAUUGACAGUUCACCAGUGAAGGCUUCAUCAUACAAGACCUUGACACUGAUUAAGAACUUCUCUGAGUCAUCAUCUGUACCUGAUGUUUUACAGUCCUUGGACACUCAGAAUUUCAGUGACUUUCCCACUUUAGCGACUAGUCAGAGCUGCUUAGAUACUUCAGCUGCUCGACACAAGAUGGCUUUGAAUCCCCGGAAGCAAAAGAAGAACUUCCAGGUGAUACCAGUGCAGGAUGAGCCAUGCUUUUCACUGGUUUCUGAAGACAAUAGCAUGACCGCAGUGGAAGAUGCUGACCAGAGGAAUGUGAAAAAAGACAAUGAAGGACCCACAAACGAAAAACAGAACAGUGAGACAGAGGUUUCUGAUAAGAUAACAGAACAGGCCUCAAACACUGCUAAUUCUGAGAACCUAAACUAUCCAACAUCAACAGCACACGGAAGAAGGUAUAGAAGAAUGGGAUCAAAUGCUUUAGGAACGAGUGAGAAUGUCACACAGUCCAGCCAAGGAUUUGAUGUGGGUGAUAGAGGCAAGUGCUCACCUACCAAUAAGCUUUCCAGGGAUUACUCCUUCUGGAACCUAUACUUGGAGACCAAAGUCACAGAGCAGAAAACAACUCCACAGGUGGAAACCACUGCUGCUCAGGAGUUGUUCUCAGAUAAAGCUGACCUGGGAAAGAAAAAUGCUGAAGUCAAUUUUGAGGCAAAAAAUAUAUCAGCGCCCCAGUGUCUAUCUGCAGAUGUGGAAAAGAAAAUGGUGAGUGACCUAUCAUCAUUCUACGAAAAUAUAGCUUCUGCAGGCAAGAAGCCACAAGCUAGAGUGAUGAAAAGCUCUCCUGCAACCACAGGAGAAAAUAUUCAUUCAGUGAGAAAGGGAGUGCAGGCGAUGGUAGAGCCUUCUCAGAUCUUGUCAGAAGACAAAGGAACUUCCAGUCUUGCUCUGCGGGAUGCUCCAUGCAAAGUGGAGUCAUCCCAGGAUGUCUCAGCUCUCUUUAAAGAGGAUCCUCCUGCAAGCAUUCUCCAGACUGCCUCAGCAAGUGCUUCCAGCAGGCCCAGUAAGGCAGGCGGAGUCCUUUUGACAGAGAGGCUGUCUAACCUCUCAGGGAAGUCUGAAGCUAAGGAAAUUCUCUCAGAUUCAGCAAAUGCUCCAAGGAAGAGUAGUAAUUAUGUACAACCUUCCCAGUGUCUGGGGAAUCCUAAAGCUACAGAAAUCUCAAAUUUAGAGAAGGCGCUAGAGGAGAAGAGUAAUUCUGGGGAACUGGGCUCUCCCAGUUACUCUCCUGUGUCCAGUUCUGAAGAUAAGUCAAAGGUCAUCUCAAAAUCCAAACUGUUCACUGUGAAAUUGAGCGGCUCUGCGAAGCAGCCGGCUCCACAGGACCCUUCCCAGACUUCAGAGGAGUCUGAUGUUGAGAAAGCGUCUACAGGAUCAAGCAGUCAGAUUGAGAAACACAACAUUGCUGCAGACUGGAGCAGCUUGGAAGGAGACCUCGCUGUUGGACCUCAUGGGCAGGCCGCGAUGAAGCCCAAAGAUAAAGAAGAGGCCGCCCGGAUGUCCCAGAACGCCCCCAAAGAGUGGAACAUUUUUGCUUGGAAGUCUGUGUCGCAGCACCAGGGCUCCCCCAGAUCAGCGAACGCUGUGGCAGAAGAAAGCAUUUCUGGGGAGCCAGUAUCUGCCCGAGAUGCUUUCAAGCUAUGGGAGGGCCGGAAAUCAGAGCAGAAAGAUUCUUUAGAUCCCAAGAGUGCGGUCAUGGACUGGGGCAUUUCUAUGGAGCUGCUACCCCCAAGAAGGACCUUGAAAUGCCCUUUGAGACCUAAAGUGGAACAAGUGUCUUCAGGUGCAGAUAUCCAGAGUGUGAGAGAGGCUACUUUAACAGAGAUGCUGUCUGCCAGGCAGCGUUCUCAGCCCCUGUUGAAAUCAGCAAGUGCACCAGAUGCUUCAGAUGCAGAGAGCACUGCUGGUGACGGGAAGCUCUCCGGUGAGGAGAAGCUCUCCGUGGGGCCGUGUCCUUCUCGGCGUCCCUCCGAGCCCGUAAGUGACACUCAAGCUCAACAAGAUGUGCGCUCUGAGUCACAGGCACUGCCGGCUGAGACGGACAUUUCAGUGGAGCAGUCCCUGGCAUCUCCCGAAGUCAAUGAAGGUGCUAUGGUGAAGGAGAGCUUCGAGCUGCGCAGGAAGCUAGGCCCAGUGAAUGUUUCCACACCACGGGGCACUUCGCUGCCUCUCAAACACAGUCUCCAGCCUAGGGGGAAGCCUGCCCUCGAGCAAGUCUCUGCUGGUCCAGAGAAUGUUGAGGCUGAGGGGCGCGUGGGUGUGCAGCCACAGUCCAUGUCCACAAGCGGGCAAAACAUUAAUGAGUGGGACAUUUUGGCGGAAGCGCCUUCCCUCAAGAAGUCUCCGAUCCCGAGGAGAGCAGCAAUGAAGCAACCCAUCUCUGCAGGUUCAGGGAGUGCUUCCGCAGAGUGGCGUGAUUCCAUGCAGCCACGGGGAAGGCUGAGAUUGGAGCCCCAAGUCUCUCCUGUGCUGCAGGGCGCUGACAAGGAGCAGACUUCUCAGCAGCUAGGGAAGCCACCAGGACCAGAGGGUGUGGUCCCCGAAAGGGGUGUGACCACAGAGCACCUGCCUUGGGGACCGCUUUCCCAAGCCACAGUAAGAGCUGCCACGGCCACCGAGGAGCACAGUUCAGCGGAACUGCUUCCUGUGAAAGAGCCUGGUCAGUUUCCAGUGAGGUCCAAAGUACAAGAGAUGUCCUCGCGUCUGAACAGGGCUAAGAUAGGGAAAUCGCUGCUUAGCAGUUAUUCCAUCGUCAAAUCACAACCAUCCAAGUCAUUCGUGAAGUUUAUGGCCCAGCAGAUCUUUUCCGAGGGCCCUGCUACCGAGACAGGCACUUGUGUGAAUCCUCCGCCUUCAAGUCAUCGUUCCAAGCCUUUGUGGAGGCCUAAAAUGGAUCACCAGAUUGUCUUGGGGCAGGAGAACGCUGACCCCAAGGGAGACAGUGCUUCGAAGACGCGAGAAGUCUCCCAAGGUUCUGAAAGCUCCAGCGAAGAGAGGAAGGCUUCCAGAGACGUGCUGCCUUCCCGACACUUUGCCCAGCACUCCAGUGCCUCAGCGUGGCAGGCCCAGAGUCCCUCGGUGGGCUCAGUGGAAGAAUGUGGAAAGUGGAGCAUUGCUGAAACAUAUUUGCACUCCAGCAAACCUUCCCCGGCUUCUGGGGAUGCUGAACCGACCUGUUCAAAGUCUCUGAGCACUUCUAUUAAAGGAACUAUGUGUGAGAACAAGUCUGGCAGCGAGUCCCACCCUAACAAAACCAAGAAACACAGCUCAGGCUCUGAAGCGCUACUAAAGAGUACCUUCACCCCAGGCAACAAGUCUAAGAUCAGAGGGAACCCGCCCUUGAAAUCACCUACUUCUUCUGGAGACACUCACUCCAACGAGGAAAUUCUUGAGAUUGGUGGUGGCGAUCAUGACAGCCAUUCAAAAAUAACCAUCUAUGAAAUCAAGGGGGAAAGAUAUUUCGGAGUCCAGCUGAGAAGAACCUCUUCUGCACAGAAGUGUGAUAGUACAAAGCUAAGUAGUUUUAGCCAGCUUCCUUCACUGUCCCCAUUCUCCAUGCCGUUCUCCGAAGGCAGACAGCAACAAAUGAGAAGAAGUGCUUCCCAGGGUAUUCUGGACACCACAGAGAGCACUGCCGCCAUAUCUGAUCUGGUGGAGAAGCAGCCAAGCAGGCCCAAAUCGGAAGUUAUGGCCAGUAACCCAGCUGCCUACAAGAUCCCAGGAAAGCCACCUGGGCAGCAAGCAGAUAAUGCUGUCUCCGAGCCAGCUUGGAUAACUGUUGCAAAGCAGAAGCAGAGAGAUUUCUCAUACUCUGUCUCUAUGAAGGAAUCAAAAUUCAAGAUCGGAGCUGCGGCUGAGCCAGAAACAAAGGAGCCUAGUCAUGUGGGAGCUGGCCCUGAAAUGGAAAGCCAAUCAAGAAACAUUUUGAGUUCCAAUGUCCAUCCACAGAAGAUGGCACAGACGAAACAAAUUAAAUCAGUUGCAUGUGAAGAUCCAACAAUAAUGCAUUCUCCUGCCAAGGAAAAGGAAACUAAAGGAUCUUCAGCUCUCCCAGUCAAGUCCCAACAAUCAAUUGAGCCAGUUGAGCCAUUUGAGCCAUUUGAGCCAGUUGAGUCAGCUGAGCUGGUCAAAUCAACUGAGCCUGUAUGGUUCGCCAUGGCCAAGGAGAAGGCCAAAGCAUGGAGCCAUAAGCAAGAGAUCGUGUGAAGAAAUAAGUCCUAGGUGAAGUAUCAACAUUUUAAAUGUUAGUUGACAGCAGCUGCAUUAAUCUAUUAGUGAUUUCUUUACUGCAACCAUUUUUAUUCAACCAAAAGGCCUUAGAAGUGAUAGUUAAAAACAGAUUUAUUUGAAAGGAGUGCUGUGAACGCCUAGCCUUCAGUACACUUACCAGAAUGUCUGCAAACCUGGCAUUUCCUCUAUAAAAACACUGUGAGGUGCUUACACUGGAAUAGAAUCAAGGAAGUUUUAAUUGUAGACAAUGUGUCUUUUAAAAGAGAAACCAAAAACAUUUGGUUGGGGGCAACUGAAAGGCUAUCAUU